AUGCUUCACCAGCCGCACUCACAGCUGGACUCGUCCCCCACGCGCUCCGUCACGUCAUGCGCGCCGCACCGGCCAGUCCCGACCGGCGACCUGUUCAACUCUCACACAACCCACACCGUGACUUCGGCUGCCGAGAUCAGCAAGAUGAUCACCCACCGCGUUCCUCUGACGUCCCACACGCACUUCUUCACCUGCGUCGUGACGCUCUCGUCCAUUGUCCACCUGAGCAAGUGGGCCCUGUUCUUCAUCCCCCACGACGACGACGAGCUUCGGCAACAGAUCCGCCUCAACAUUGGGGCUCUCAACAAGCUCUCGGCCGUGUGGAAGGCGGCGGAGAACGCCUUGAACCAGGUCAAGGCGGUUGCGCAGGAGGUCUACCGGUCAAAGAAGUCGUCGCAGAUCAACCCGUCCUACUGGCAGGGGUUCACCCAGGAGGAAGUGAUGAACAGCAUCGCGGCGGACGAGACGAUCAUGAACGACAUCGAGACGGGGCUGGGCGGGAUCCCAAUGCCCCCUCUCGACAACCUUACCGGGUAG